GCCAAGACAGUGGUCAAAGCACCUGCACCUGUGGAAUAAAAAUGUUGUUGGUUAAAUUAAUUGCGGCUUUAUUAAGUCUGGGCCUGGUUGUUGCCCUGCCCGCUGAUGCGGGGCGAGCCAGUUCGGUGACCACUGUUACCAUCGCGAAAGGACACGGCUAUGAGCUCGAGGAGCACGAGGUUCAAACCUCGGAUGGAUACAUCCUGACCAUGCAUCGUAUUCCGUACUCCAAAAACACCGGUUACGAUGGCCCACGUCCUGUCGUCUUCCUCAUGCACGGACUGCUAUGCUCCUCAUCGGAUUGGGUCCUCGGUGGUCCACACAGUGGACUGGCUUACCUGUUGUCGGAAGAGGGAUACGAUGUGUGGAUGGGUAAUGCCAGGGGAAAUACCUACUCCAAGAAGCACGCCACCAAAUCCCCACUGCUGCAACCCUUCUGGAACUUCGAGUGGCACGACAUUGGAAUCUACGAUCUGCCCGCCAUGAUCGAUAACGUCCUUUACCGCACUGGAGUAGAUCAAUUGACGUAUGUCGGUCACUCUCAAGGUACCACCUCCUUCUUUGUUAUGAACUCGAUGAUCCCGCGCUUCGCGAGCCGCAUAAGGUCGGCCCAUUUGCUGGCCCCUGUGGCCUGGAUGGAGCACAUGGAGAGUCCUUUGGCCACGGUUGGAGGUCCUCUGCUGGGCCAGCCCAACGCCUUCGUGGAGCUCUUCGGCAGCGCCGAGUUCUUACCCAAUACGCAGCUAAUGAACCUGUUCGGAGCCCUUAUCUGCAAAGACGAGGCCAUUUUCCAGUUCAUGUGCACCAACACCCUGUUCCUUCUGGGCGGCUGGAACUCGCCGCACAUUAACGAAACCAUGAUGCCGGAAAUUAUGGCCACAACUCCGGCGGGCUGUUCGGUCAAUCAGAUCUUCCACUACCUGCAGGAGUACAAUUCCGGCUACUUCCGGCAGUUCGACUACGGAUCGACGCGCAACAAGAAGGAGUACAGCAGCAAAACCCCACCGGAGUACGAUGUGGCAGGCAUCGAUGUACCCACUUACUUGUAUUACAGUGACAACGACUACUUUGCCAGCCUGAUCGACGUGGAUCGCCUACGGUACGUCAUGAACCCUAGUGCGCUGCGAAGUGCAUACCGCCUGCCGGAGGAAAAGUGGAACCACAUCGACUUUCUGUGGGGACUCAAUGUGAAGGAAAUUCUUUAUGACCGGGUCAUCGAUGACAUAAAUAAUGCAUAAUGUGCGCUGCAAAUAAAGCGACAUACCAAUGUGAUAGGAAAAGUA